AUGGUUGAACGCUUCGAUGUGCAAUCAACUUCCCGCAUCCCCGCUACCCCUGGUGCCGAUCUAGGGCCGAAGCGAGAGGAUGAGGAGGGAGGGGAGUGGCCGGUGAGGGAGGCCAUCGGCAGCAUGAUGUGGGUGUCGACUUUCUCGCGUCCAGACGUCUCGUUCGCCGUGCGUGCGGUAGCGCGCCACGCCCACGCCCCGGCGAAGCGGCACUGGGAUGCCAUACAGAAGAUCCUCGGCUACCUGAAAGGGACGAGGGACCUCGGCAUCACGUACCAACGGGAAUCGGGGUUAGGGCUGGCCGUGUACGUAGACGCUAGCUACGCCGACACGGAGGAUAGGCGUUCGGUGUCAGGGUUGGCGACGACGGUUGGAGGUACCGUAGUCAGCCAUGGUAGCAAGACGCAGAGUAUCGUGUCUUUGUCUUCAACGGAAGCCGAGUACAUUGCUGCCGGGGAGGGUGUCAAGGAGGCGUUGUUUGUGCGUGCUGUGCUUUCGUUUGUCGCCCCAGAGACCAGUGGUAGCAGCAUCAAGGUCCUUGAGGACAACCAGGGGGCCAUAGCGUUGGUGCAGAACCCUCUCAGCUCAGGUCGGCCAGCCUUUAGUAUCUCCGGCGCAAGCUGA